CAACUCUCUAUCCUAAGUCUUGGGCGGCCAUUAGUCCAGACUGGAAUGGCGCUUCCUGGCUUACAGACACCCGAUUCGCAGGGUCUUCUAAGCCUGCCAAACGAACUCUUCCUCCUCAUUGCGGAAUUUCUAGACCGGCCACACGACAUUUCCAGCCUCGUACGCGUCAAUCGCAGACUGCGAGCGGCCCUCGGCGACUUUCUCCUCCAGUACAAUAUCAAAUAUGAAUACAGCACUGCCUUGCUGUGGGCGGUGCGGAACAACCGCGUGGAGGUGGUCUGCAGACUAGUUAGGCUUAAAGCGAAGCUCGAAACCCGACGGGACAUCCACCGCCUCUUCGGCAUAUUUGAGCAAGAAGAGACUCCUUUACAUUGCGCAGUCCGGACCGAGAACCUACGCCUUGUGAAGAUCCUCACGGCUGCCGGAGCACGAACGAUAACCGCGCGAGGUCGAACGACGCUUCAACUAGCCUUGGAGAAAAAGAAUGAGCCAAUCGCUCGCAUAUUGAUGGGGCAGAUGACGAAACUCGACGGUGGUGUUACGAUCUGUAGAGAAUCGCCUUUGCACCUGGCCUGCAACAACAAACUAGUGGGUACAGUAAGAUAUCUUCUAGAGCGAGGGGUGGAUCCUAACUGGGAGGGAUGCAAUGGAGGAUUUGAGUACGUUGGGGAGCUUUUGAGGGUAGGCGAUCACUACAGGCGACGGCUGGAUGGCGAUGCGUUGGAGAUUCUUCGCUUAUUAUUCGCGUACGGGCUGGACCCAGACGAGGGCAUCAAGGAGAUAGGAGUGGCACACAGUGAUCCACGGGUGCGCUAUAUUUUCGGAAGAACGGCCUGUGCGCUUCAAAAACCGUUCAAGAGGAGACACGGCGACGGAAGUAUAUCUGGCUUCAGCGAUACGGAGUCCUUUCCCCCCUUGAACGACACCCUACACGCUCAUGGAAACGCGACCAGCAAUGAUGCUGUCUCUCACAGUGUAACGACGUGCGCAACAGCUACCCUGGAGGCCCUCGCGGGUGCGUACAAUAGACAAGCCAAUCUUACUUACUUAUACGGCGAGCCCUUAGAUCCGGAGAAUUCCCUACCGCAAGAGGCUGUUUGGUCGGCUGAAGCUACCCAGCGCCUGGUGGCAUCAUUGGAUGCUCACGCCAACGAAAGGGGGAGAGACAAGUCGAACACGAAAUUGCCAGCUACGGUCGCUGAUCCUUUUCCGCCAUUGGGUGGUGCAUUUCCGAGUGCAGGCCAGUCGUCGCAGCCCUGGGCCGACUUCCAGAAGCUGCAACAAUGCAAACGUCAGGCUGCUAGAGCCUCACGAUCCAGGCCACCGGAGAUGACCGAAGCAAAACGUCCAAGACCCAAAACGGAAAAAUUUCCGCCUCUAAGCUCUCGCGCGCAGCACGCCAAGAAUGCUUCGUCGGACGCCUGGAUAAACUUUCAGCGGCGCGAGGCAUCUCCCGCACAGGAUGACAGUGAUUUGGUCCUUUCCCCUACAGAGUCCAGCGCUGUGAAGGCGGCAGGCCGCAAGAAGGGGAAGUGGAAGACACUGCAGCUGUGAGAAAGGUGCUUGAUGGCGGGACGACUUCUGAACGCGACGGGCGACCAUGCGAGGCAUUGGUGGCUGAUGCUGGAGAAACUUCCAGGAUUGAGGCCGGAAAAAGCGUUUUCUGAGGCGUCUCUGUGGGGAAUUGGAAUUGGCAUACCUGUACGUUCUUGGCGGUGUCUCGAAGCACAUCAAACAUCGUACGU